CCUGUUCUGGCUACACACCCAUUUGCUAUAGGAGAAGGAGAGGGGUGCUUGUGUAUUCUGAGAAGUUUUUACCAGGAUAAGCCCAAUUCAACCCUCUGUUCCUCUUUGAGCCUUGUGUUUCCGACAAUAUCUCCUCAUCGGGCCCCUUGGGGUGUUAAGGCAUAUGGGGGCAAGUACAGUUGCAUCACGGGUACAGGUAGUGGCAUGGACUAUGGGAGAUUGCCUGAAGCUGAUUGCAGCAGUAACAUAACCAUUAAUGCCACUUGGCCAGUUGCAGGUCUAAACCAAACUAGUGGUCUGGCUGAUGUGUGGUGGAUAUGUGGACCCAAAAGAGUACUGAGACCCAUUCUUAGAGGAGACUGGCAAGGUACGUGUGCUCUGACCAGUUUGAUAAUUCCACUGACCAUUGUUGAUGUUACUGCUGAACAGCUGUUGGGUUCUGUAUCCAGGGGGCCUGAAAACAUUCCAUCCCAUGGGAGACAUAGACGUAGUGCUCCAUGGACGGAGGAUGUAGUUGACAUACACAAUAAUCUGUUGGGUGUGCCAGUGGGGGUUCCUCAUGAGUUUCAGGCCUUGGGUAGGAAUGAUGGACUCUGGCACUUACUACCUAUUAUAGGUCCAGCCAUAGUGGAUGCAAGACAGACUGCAUGGAUAAAUUAUAUCUACGAUAAUCAACAGCGUUUUGUGAAUUACUCCCCUGAUGCACUCACUGGUAUGUCUGAACAGCUGGAGGCCACAUCUAGGGUUGCCAGACAGAAUAGACUUGCUUUGGAUAUGCUUCUUGCCAGUCAGAGGGGUGUCUGUAAGAUGUUCGGUGAACAAUGUUGCACGUUUAUUCCUAAUAACACCAGUCCAGAUGGUAGUAUAUCUAAGGCCCUUAGUGGGCUUGAUGCACUAUCUGCUGAGAUGAGGACCAUGGCGGGGGUGGAGGAGUCUGGACUGUUCUCUUGGUUGGGAGCCUGGUUUGGUAAGUACACUGGUAUGGUGGUUACUGGAUUUCUGACCCUAAUUCUUGUAUUUUUAUUAUUGAUGUGUUGUGCUGCUUGCAUCAUACCGUGUUUUAAGAAGUCUGUUACAGAUGUGGUGAAGGCUUCAGGCAUGAUGCCUUUGCUUGAUGCUCCAGUUGGAGAUGCUGAUACUGAAUCAAGCUUUCAGGGGAGGAUGGGACUGACUGAGGAUGACCCAUGUAUGUUUGUUCUCCCUGUUGUGAAGGUUUGGAGUCCCUGGGUGGCAUGAAGCCCAACUGGUACAGGAUAG